GUCGAUGGAGGAGCAAAGGAAGGUAGAGGAUUGGCGGAGAUGCAGCUUAGAAUUCCACGCAUAGUCGAGGGGUCUCUGGUUGGUUGGUAAGUGGGACUAGCCGGGACUCAUAGGCAGCGUGUCUCCUACGAGGCUCACAGUCUUAUUCGGAACUCUGAAACGCGUCCAAGCGCGGUGUUCUCUUGCUUGUCCGAACAAGUUCCCUUCGCACGUUCGCACGUUCUUUCUCCCCCGAAAUUCGGUGAAAUUAAUUCGAAUAACGCAUUCGAUCAUGCGUAAAAAUUUCAGCAACGCCGUCGUUUGAUUCUGUCUGGACUCUACCGAGGGAUAGAGAGAGAGAGAGAGAGAGAGAGAGAGAGAGAGAGAGAGAGAGAGAGAGAGAAAGAAAGAGAGAGAGACUCAUAGGAUCGAAAGGGAGAAGUGACGAACGAGAGCGUGAAUGGGCACAGAAAAGAGAGGCCGUGAGAAAGAGAGAGUGUGUCUAUGAGAGUGUAUUAUGCGAGAAAGGGAUACAGAAAAGUGGAGAACGAAGCAAUAAAGAGAGAAAGAGUGAGAGAGAGAGAGAGAGAGAGAGAGAGACAUAGAAUGGCAACCGCACCAAGGAGAGACCAAAUUCGCUUAACGAAAGCUAAUUACUUACUUGCUUUUUAUUUAUUUUAAUUAUUAAAUAUUGAUUGAUUGAUCGAUUAAUUAAUUAUUGUAUUUAUUGGCGCGGAAGACUGAGAGACGGUGGGAUUCGCGGAAAGAGAGAGAGAGAGAGAAAGAAAGAGAGAGAGAGAAAGAGAGAGAGAGAGAGAGAGAAAAAGAGAGAGAGAGGGAGAGAGAAAGAGAGAGAGAGGGGGAGACACGUUGCGUCGAAUCGAAGGAGAAUCGAUCGAGAUCCACUCUUUCACCAGGAUCCGGUAUAACGUUUGUAUCGCGGAUAUUUUCGAAUAUUUCUCAGGAAGAAAGAUCGUGGCUGUUCUAACGCUGUUAUAACGGAUCAAGCUGCGAAGAAUCGAAAUCGUCAAGACUAGAUCGAGGUUGGGCUGGGGGUCGGGGUCGAGGUCGAGACCCAGAUCAACAUCAAGAUCUUGGUCGAAAUCGAGGUCGUGCUUGGAUGUGGAGGGAGAUAGCAGAAGAAAAUCACGAAAGAGAAUCGCUUUCUUUGAUUUUUCUAUCUAUUCGAUCGAUAUCGGAGACACCGAAACGAAAUGAAGCCGAUCCAAGGUGCGAUAUGGUUGCUUGCAUUGGCGGUUGGAUGUAUAGCUUUACCGGCGCAAUUGCAAGCAAAUUCGAAGAAUGCGGGCAAGACGAAGCAAAGCAAGACGACGUCGUUGCAUUCGAGGGAGGGCGGAUCUAACGAUUCGGCAAUUAUGCCGAACGGUAGUAGGAACAUCGAUGAGAACAGCAUCGACGUUAACAACGAUACCAAGAUUACCGGUAACAACGACGUGGACAGCGUUACUCUAUCGAAACCCCUUCCUCUCGGAAUUUCAGCUACUAUCGAGAGCAACGCGGUGCUCGCAUCGUCCUUACCGUCAUCGCCAUCAACCGCGUCCGUAUCGACAUCGACAUCGACAUCGACAUCCGCUUGGACGGAUCAUCCUCUCGCGGCAAUGACAGAGUCGUCCCCAACGAGCGGUUCUUCGUCGUCGCCAAUUAGCAAAACAGAAUUUAGUUCAGCAACGACGAGCAACCGCGGAACGACCAUGACCACGAGAAUCGCGUUAAAUACCAGCGCUUCUAAUACCAGUUUGAGCGUGUUUCCUACAGAAGCUUCUUCGAGAACCAUCGCUACCAAUCGAGAUACGGCUACCUUGCUAUCUUCCUCGAAAAAGUCCACCACGAACUCGAACGAAUUCGUUACUACUCCUGCUACGGCUUGGUCGAAGGAGACGCGAGAAUCACCCGGAAAAAUUCGCCCUCAAAUUAAGCUGACGACAAACUACACCAGUCUGACCGAGACAGGAGUACGACUACCGGAGGGUGCGAGCGCAGCUCUCGCAAAACCAACCAAGUAUCAUUACUAUCCGCAUAAUCAGCACAUCUACUUGUUACCAGAAUGCGCUGUUCAGCAGGUUUGCAACGCAGUUUACGUUAGACUCAACUUUACCCAGCCUCUGUGCGCUUGUCCAGGAAGAUACCGCGACCCUUGCAGCGCCUCUCUCGACAGCGACGAUCUCCACACUACGGAGCUGGUCACCGACCCUCGAACCAAGGCCCUAACGUUGGUGAAAACGUGCGAACCAGUGGCGGAAAUGCGCGAAUGUAGAAUACCGAGGGACUGGUCUCUUCUCGCGCUACAAAACGUGCGAACGGGAAAGUCUCAUUACCUCGUGAUAUGUCGUUGUCCCGAUGCCAACAUAUUGGAGGGUCCUAUGAGUCACGAUCAACCAACAUACGCCAGUGUACCAGGGAUUCGGGUUUACGGUAUGAUGUGCGUGCAAGGAAAUCGGAAAGGUCGACAACUGCGGUAUACUCGCGCUCUUUCAGAUCGUCACCAACGAGAAAUGACCCAAGAUUCUCACAAUGACAGAGAAAACACGAACGAACGAUUAAACUUUCCAUGGUACAAGGUACAACAACUUAUGGAUAUAGCUGUUUGGGACUAGAUUCGUUGAUCGAACAAACAACUUUCGACGAUACGAUCAGUGACACUAUGCUUAGCGGCGUAUCCUUCUAUUUAUUCGUUAUAAGCGUCUCUCUCUUUCUCUCUCUCUCUCUCUCUCUCUCUGCUUCGCUUCGCCCUCAAUUUAUUUAUCGAUUCGUCCGUUUCUUACGUUUAUUUAUAUAUAUCAUACGUAUCUAGAUGUAUAUGUAUAUCUAUCCCUACCGAGGCACGUUUAUAACAUCGAGUCCGACACUUUGAAACAACGACAACGCGUGUAAUUGUAUUCUUUCGUAGAUUUGUCUGUUAUAAUUUGGACUACACGACGUGAUUCUACAUAACGAUCGAA